UGGAGGGACGGCGGUUAGAGAGGGCAUAGACGCCCUUAUUGCCCCUGCAACGGGAAAAGCCGUAGUUAGACUGAAAUCUGGAUGAGAUUUACGCAGCAAGAGGGGGAGUGGCCAGAAUACACGAGUACAGGAAAGCAAGAGUGCAUUGGAACCCCUCCUAACCGCGAGCCCAGUCUCAGCUCCUUUCAAUUGGUCCACGGACUUGCCAAUUACUGCAGCUCGCUACGGUUCUCCAAUUAAACAUGCUCUCUCAUUCACGUUACAGCCAACCAAUUGUGAGACACCUCCCUUUGGCCACCGUCCAAUUACUUUUAUUUUCCUAUCAUUCGUCGCCUUGGAGGCCGCUCUCUUCCCGCGCCUGCAGUCCCAGAGAGGGGCGGGGCUGAUAGGGCAUUGCUAAGCGACAAAGAUGCGCUCCGAGUGAGUCCGGUGACCGAGCAGAGCAGGCGGAAUCGGUGAGGUAGCUGCGGGAUGGACCGCAGCUUGCCAGUUUUCUCCACCCAAGACAGUACUUUGGGGGACGGCCCCCUGGGUCGAAGCCACUUGACCUGGCACCCCAAGACCCUGAGCUCAUCCAGGUCCCAGAGAUCCAGGCUCCCAGAGGCUCCCAGGGCUCUGGCCACAGGUCCCAAAUCCCCUGAGCUGUUUGAGGAGUCCUGGCCAUCCAGCUCAGGGACCUCUUCCCCACCCAGCACCACUGAGGGACAGAUGAGAGCCUCUCCACCACUCACCGUGACUGACAGCGGGGACUCUGUGGUGGCCAAGUACAUAAACCGGUUCCGACAGGCUCAGCCCACAAGCCGAGAGGAACGCGAGUCUGCAGGCCCAACCCCAGCUGACUUUUGGUGGCUGUGGCCUGAAUCACCAGACCCCAGCAGUCAGCUUGCAGCAGGAGCCAAUGAACCAGAAGGAAGACGCAACACAGCAGUCCCGACUCGUGCCAAGGUGGCCAGCGCAUCACAGACUAUGGCCCCCCUUCAGGAAAUAAAGCAGAGCCUCAACACGUGGAACUCAUCCCUGCUGGACUUGGAGACACUGAGCCUGCAAAGCAGAGCUGCCAGGCUGCUCAAACGCAGCAAGGCCUCCAUCUCUUCCUCCUCCUCCCUCAGCCCCAGCAAUGCCGGCAUCUCCUCAUUCCCCGUCAGCUCUGAUGGCCUCUCUCCCUUCUCCAUGACCUUCACUCAUGACUCCAGCAAGGGCUCUGAACCCAAGGCACGAGCAACCCCAGCACCUGCCCCCAUCCCUACUCCAACCCCAGUCUCCUCCCGGGCACCCCUGCGGCAAGAGGAUGACAUUCUGUACCAGUGGCGGCAGCGGCGGAAGCUUGAACAGGCUCGAGGAAGCCAGGGUGAUGGAACCUGGGUGCUGCCCCAGACCCCUGCCCUCACCCCUACGGUCCCUAUCCCCAUCUGUCUACAGACCUCUCCUGCCCCUGCGGAGACCCUUGGUUCCCUGGGAACCCAGCCUAACUGCAUCCCACUUUGGGGCAGUGUGGCUCCACCUGGUCCCCGGGAAGCCUUCCACUUGGAGAGGCCUCCUAUUCCCCCAGGGUUCUCUCCACAUAUCUUUUGGGGCCACAGCCCCCAUGGAUUCUUCUGGGCCCCGCAGCCCGGUCCCUGGGUAUCUCUUGGGGCCAUCCCUCCCACGGCCGCGGCCUCCACCCCAGCGCCCCCAGCCUCCACUCCUGCGCCUCCAGCCUCAACCACUGCGCCGUCUGCCUCCACUCCCGCGCCCCCUGCCGCCCCCCAGGGCCCGCCCACCCCUGCUCCAUGCAGCCCAGCCGAGCUCGAGAGGCAGAGCUCCAAGCCUCGAAGAAGCAGAGCCCAGCGCCGGGAGUCUGCUGGGCGAAUCACGGAAGCGGACGAGGGCCCUGGCGCGCAGCUCAGAGGCGCGCUGGGCCAAGUAGUGGCGGCUCGGCUGUUUCCGGACAGCCUGGAGGACACGCCCCCUCGCCAAGAGGGCCAGCCUCCACCCGAGGCUGAAUCUCAGAAAGUCAAGGCCACACGCCCUCAAACCGAGACUCGGUCCUCUCGUUCAGAGGUCACGGCCCCUCCAUCUGAAUCACGGUGUCCCCAGACAGAGACCCCGCAGGAUUGGUCUAAGGCCGAGUCUCGGAACGCCAAGGCCAUGCUCCCCCUAGUGGGAUCGGUGCCUAGGAAGGACAAAGACACUUUCUUGGCUGACGUCGGGUGUAAGCCGCCCAAGGUCCGGCCUCAUCCAGCCGAGGAGGCGGCCACUUGUGUUGAGGCCCCGCCCCGUCCGUUCAAGGAGGGGGCUCUUGAAGUUGUGGUCACGCCCUCAUCCGCUGAUGGCCACGCCCCCUCAGAGGACGUCCUCUCCCAGGCUGCCAGACUUCUGCAGGCUGCGGAAGACUCCGACGGCAGCGAGUUCCAGGACGACCCUAUACUGCAGGUGCUAAGGGUUCAAAGGGCGGAGCUGCGGCGGCAGAAAAGGAAAGUAGAUGCCCAGAUAUCCCGCCUGCUGGGCCACACUGAAGACCCAGGGUCUUGGUCUCCUCCAGCCAGGUCGCCUCCCGGGUCCCCAAGGAUGCGGCUGAGGAGGGAAGGAGACUAUCUUGAGGCCAGACGACUUUGAAUUGUACAGAUUCUAUUUUUCCUAAUACAUUUUUUUUUUUCAGGUUA